UGUGUUGUGAUUUUCUUUGUGUAGUGUGGUGGUGUUUUAUAAAAAAGAAUUUAUAUAUGUUUACAAAUUUUUAACAAAAAAUUAAAAAUAAUCACAUAAAAAUGUUAACGACACGUUUAUUAAGUAAACUGCCCAAUGCCAGAGCUUUGUUAAUGCCAACAAUUUCUGCCGUAAACAAUUUGACCGGACAAGAUAUUGCCACAGAUGUCAACAAAUUCCAAAACAAUUUUAAGCCAUUUGGACAAUUGGCUUGUCAAUAUUGUUCAGCCAGUACUACAACUACUACGCCAGCCGGAGUUAAUGAUAAAACAAAUUCUGGAGAUAAUGGCAUUUUAAAGAGGGUUUUGAAAAAAGUGGGAUUUACACCAAAUUCUAAAGCGCGUUUAAGGGUUUCCAGUCAUAUGCUGUAUGAAAGUGUGGCCGAUAAAAUAAAUUAUUUGGCCUUUUUCAAAGAUUUCGAUAUGCCCAAUACAUUUAAUUCUUGGUUUUUGGUCACUGAACUGCAUGUUUGGAUGUUACUCUUGAGAUCCAUGGCUGAAGGCUCGGAAACUGGUGAAGAUGGCCGCUUUUUACGCAAUUGUAUAGUAGAAGCUAUGUGGGGUGAUGUUAAUACUAGAGCUAAAAAAUUGGGGGCCAACAAUCCCUCGCGCACACGUCAACAAAUCGAAGAGCUGUCUGAACAAUUUCAAGCUGCCUUAAUCGCCUACGAUGAGGGCAUUAUGUCUGAGGAUAGAGUAUUGGCCGCUGCCUUAUGGCGUCGCUUUUUCGAAUUGAACUGUGAAGAAUAUGAACGCAUCGAACGUUUAGUGAAAUAUGUACGCAGUCAAGUGCAAAUGUUGGAUAAUCUUCCGCGUCAAGAUUUUCUUAUAAAACCUAAAAUACCUUGGCAAGAUUUGGAUAAAAUUCACAUUUAAUCUUAAAUCAGUUAUAAACAGUAGUUUAUUUCCUUUUUUUGUAUAAACUAAAAUAAAUUGUUAAUAAAAAUAUGUAGCGAAAAGAAGAAAAAAAUCAUAAGAACUAAACAAACAAAU